CAUCCAUCCAUCCAUCCAUCCAUCCAUCCAUGAGCCAGUGACGAAUUGAAUUGCCCUCCACCCACCAUGCCCAAGGGCCAGGUGCAUGCUCCCUCCACCACGCCUCAACAAGACCCUCACGGCCGCUUCUCGCCUCAGACUGCACAGCAGUAAGCCGACAUAGCACGAGAGAAUAGGCGGGCGGCGUUUAUGCUGUGCUGUGGUGCGUCGUUUGGAUCAGGCAUGCGUUUCAUAACCUGAUUCGUGCUUGCAUCCACGACUCCACUGCACCGUAUCGUAGCUCCCGACCCAUAGCCAUCUAUCGGAUCCUCAGCCCACUUGGAAUCACCACGUGAACUACACCACACCACAACACACAACACACAACACACAACACAGACACGGCAGUGUGUCAAGAUUCAUUCAUGGCUUUUUUGCGUAUCGGCUGCCUGGGUGUGGUGUGUGUUUUUGUCAUCGAUCAGUAUCGGUUCGUUUGGUCGCACCUCACUGCAGCAGUGGACCGCGUGGGGCCUUCGACAGAAACUGCCUGGCCUCUAUGAGGACCUCCAAGCCAAGGUGUCUUCUACAGGUCAGGGAGGGAGGGAAAUGAUCUACACGUCUACACGAAAACUCAGCUGUGUGUGUGUGCGUGUGUGUGUGUGUGUGUGUGCACCGUGCAGAUGAGGGGGGCUCUGGUGCGGGCGGCAAUUCGUCGCCGAGUGUGCCUGAGGCUCACGCCUCAACGCAAGACGAACAAGAGUGGGCCCGCACAGACACAGCACAGCACCAAAGAGAGAGGCUUUGGCCCACCGGUAACUCGUGUGUGGUGUUUGUAUGUGUGUAUGUGUGUGGUGUGUGUGAUGCAUUCAGGCUGUACGAGACGAUCCUGACGUAUCUGUUGGGCAAGGGCAGGGGGGAGGCCGAAGCCAAGGAGGAGGCAAACCACUACUACAACGUACUGUGGAACCACGACAUCACCGAGUAAGCCGACACAACACGACACAGACAGACAGACAGACAGACGCGUGUGUGCAUUCUUGUGGCUUGUUCCUUCCUUUGUCCGUUUUGCCAUCCAUCCAUCAGCGCCGAGUCGCUACGUCGGGUGACAGCUGACGAGUGGACCAGUGUGCUCGAGCUUCCUCUCGCCCUCUUCUGGACCAUCAAGGACCGAGCGACCGUGACCGUGACACCACCCCCAGGCAUCCGGCGCACCCCCACCGCCGCACCACCCAAGGCCACACCCAAGACCGGCACCAGACGCCCUCACCCCAAAGACCCACCCAUCCCGCGUGUGCCACACCCACACCCACACCACACUCUCCUCGUGCAGCAGCAUGUCGCCGCACCGCGUCGCCGCAGCCGGUCGUCAUCCCCCAACCGAGAGCAACAUGUCCGACCCAGGCACGUGUUUCUGCAGGAGGGGGGUGAGCGGGACGGCAGUGGUGUGCGAGGUUGGGGUGGGGGUGGGUCAUCGCACGGGCUGGGAAUCAGGCAGGGGAGUAGCAUUGGUUUGUCGAGUAAGUCACACAAAGGGAGGGAAGAACCACAGACGACACAUCCGGAGGGUCAGGGCGCUGGUCGAUCUGUCCGUGUAUGUGUGUUGUGUUGUGUUGUGCUGUGAAUGGUAGGUGUGGGCCGUGGCACUUCUGUCGGCGGAGGUGCGCAGCGCACACAGACACGACACGAGCACAGCAUGGACAGACAGUUGAGGGCAUGGAUGGAUGGUGCGGGUGUGGUUAUGGGUGUAUGUACGUGUCUCAGGGUAUGUCGGCCGUGGCGACCACCCCAGCCCCCUUGCCCACCGACCCGACGACGAGAUGCCCGCGUCGCCCAAGGAUGACGACGAGGACGGCCAUGGCUGCGACUCCGACACGGAGCGUCUCCGUCGUCAUCCCACAUCAGUGAGCCAAAGGCCGGCCAAAGGAGACAGACAGGCCUGCACAUGCAUGGAUGGAUGGAUGGAUGUGUUUGUGUGUUGUUUGUAAGGGUGAGAUUGGCGGCCAUCUCCCGACCGGCAUGGACGGGUUCCGACCGUCUCGGCGUCGACCGGGCAGGCGUGGGCAGCGCAAGCCGACCGAACGUGAGAUACUCGACGCCUGGGACAUGCUGCCUCGGGAGCAGCAGGAGGGGAGCGGCGGCGUGGAUGGGGCGGCUGGGGGCGGCGGCGUGGGUGGGCCGUCGCAGAUAGCCAUGGACAACGAUAGAGGCCAUUUGCCGAGUAAGAAACAUGAAGGCAGGGGCGCACGUGAGUGUAAGCGGGUCGUAAAUGUGUGUCUGUGUCUGUUGUGUGGCGUGUAGGGGUCCCGAUGGGGGCCGACGAUGUCGAGCGAUAUCGACUCGCACACACAUGGACAAUCGCAAAGGUACUUCGCGAACGCAGUGUCACCAAGACAGCAGCGCCCUCACUACUUCCACGCACACAUGAAAGCGGUCAUUGUGUGGGCGUGUGUGGAUGUGUGUGGAUGUGUGUGUGUGUCAGAUGACGACCGUACGUCAGGUGGCGCGGCGCAGCACCACGCCGGCUCGCCCGUCCCAUCAUACCAUCAUGCCGUCCCAUCCAACCUCGACAGCGGCGUGGUUGGCGCCAUGA